AUGCGUUUCUCAACGGUUGCUCUUCUUCUCGCCUCUACAGCUCUUCUUGUUUCGGUUUCUUGAUGCAGCUAGAUUUUAUGAAUAAGCUCAAAUUUUCAGGGAAGCGCAAUCCGCGAGAAACGUCAAUGCGGAUGCACGGCUCAACAACAACAGCCGACGUGUCAGUGCUCCCAGCCGGUGUACGCCGCCACGACGACCGCCGCUCCUCAGAUGACUUGCUCUUGCCAAUCUGCUCCAGCUCCAAUGCAGCAGACUCAGUCUUGCGGCUGUCAGCAGCAAGUCCAGCAGGUCCAGGUUCAAGCCUCCCAGUGCCAGUCGGCUUGCCAGCAAAGCUGUCAACAGUCCUGCCAGGCUGCUCCAUCGGUCCCUCAGUGCCAGCAAACCUGCCAAUCCUCCUGCACUCCUAGCUGUGCUCCUCCUGCGACCACCACCAUGACGACCACGACCACGACCACGACGCCGGCUCCUCAAUGUGCUCCAUGUGUCCAGCAGUGCAACUCUCAAUGCGUCCAGCAGCAGAUUCCAACCCAGUACUGCCAGCCUCAGUGUGAACAGCAGUGCCAGUGCCAAGAGCCUAUGACCACCACCACUCAGGCUCCUCAGGUCGUCCAGAUCCAGCUCCACAUCAGCGCCGAGCAGUCCUGCCAACCAGCUUGCCAGCAGCAAUGCCAGUCUCAGUGCGUCCAGCAGACCUACGCCGUCGACCAAUGCAACAACCAGUGCAGCAACCAAUGCCAGGCCGCCUGCAGCCAGCCAAUGACCACCUCCACCACUACUCAGGCUCCUAACUACCAGGUCCAGAUCAGCCUCCAGGCCAGCGUGAUCAACUCGCCGCAGUGUGCUCCUCAGUGUGAGCAGCAAUGUGAGUCGCAGUGCCAGACUCAACAGUCGGCCAGCCAGUGCCAGCCGGCCUGCCAACAGUCCUGCGCCAACACCUGUGCCGCCUACCAGCCAGCUACGACCCCCUGCCAGCAGACGCCGUCCAGCUCCUGCGGAUGCCAGCAGAACUACUCGCCCUGCGGAAACGGACAGUGCUGUCGCCGCAAGUAGAGCCCUCGAAGACUCGACGAAAACUUAUUUGUACAUUUUGAACUCGAAUAUUGCAUCAAUGCCAAAGAAAUGAACUAUUUCUUAUUAUAUCUGCGUUGUAAAAACUACAAAAACUCGAUUGUAUAUCGGAAAUUCAACACAGUACCAUUGGAGUUAGCAACUAAUUAAAAAUCAUUGGGGUAUUCUAAAUACAUGUGUUUUAUGAGUUACAAAUUAGCGAUUUUUCCAUCUAAACAGUGUCUAGGAACAUUGAAUAGUUUUCAAAAAUUUUUAGUUCAAAUCGUCUGCGGAUUGGACAACUUCGACACCUAGGAAGAAAAAUGAUAUUAUGCCCCUGCCUAAUGACGAUCUAAAAUUCAAACUUUUUGGAAGCCUUCCAGUGUUCCUAGACACUGUAAAAAUGGAAAAAUCAUAAUAGUUGUCUGAAGAUUUUUGAGCAUUAUUCGACAAGACUUAUUGAAGGAAAAAUAAUGAACAUUCCCAAGUUCUUACAUCCCUUCAUGUUUAUGGUUAGCGUUCAAUAGUGAUCCAUUUUCAUACCUAGAAAUGCUACUCUCUUGACCACACUCUGAACUGUUCCUUUCAAAUUUUCUACUGAUACAACUCUAAAGGGUAAUCUUCCGCGCCUCAAAAGUCCGACUUUUUCAAAAAAUCGGAAAAAAAUUUAUGGCACUGUUAAAAUGAUCGGAGAGGUCGAGAAGUUCUUUUCAGGCUUGAUAAUCGCACCAAGGCCCCGAAGUUUACGAAGUAUAGUUACUGUAGUGUUCCGAUACGGCUUGAUGAUAAAUAACAAGCUGCAACAAAUUAUGGUUGGCACUAAUAAGAGAGGUACCCAAGAAAAGAGCAUUGAAGGGAUCCUGAAAUUAUCCUUCACAAAUCUGAAAAAGCAAGAAAAGUGCUCACACAGUGGCUCCCAAGACUUGUACGGCGAAUGGGCUUACAGCGACAAAGGCAAAUGGAAAAACAAUGGCGAGAAGUAG